AUGUCUUCAUUAAGAGACUCGCGUCAGCUUACGCGGAGAGAAUCAUCACCCAGGCCGAGUGCCAGAAGCAGCAGCAGGCGGCGACCUCAACUACUCCGGGCUUGCGCUACAGAGCCUUCCAUUACAACGUCGAGCGCCUACCGAGGAGUCACGGCGAGUCCCAACUCUAGCAGGCGAGCCACGGAAAUCCUGAGCCGUGUAGCCGUCUCCAACGCUGCCGUACUGAGCUCAUCACCAAACUCGACUCGGAGUUUUGCCUCUUCGGACUUUGAGGCGGCGGGGCUUACAGAGGCUGAGAAGAGGGAACUUUUGCGGAGCAAUAUUAGCCCAUAUUCCGCAUGCUAUUUUAGCUUUCCAAACUUUGAUGCUUGGGAUGCUGAGCAACAAGAGGAUGGCAAGGAAAUGCCUUGA